AUGCGUCUCGAACCUAUUUCAGAAAUAUCCAAGCAAGUUGUUGACACUAUGCGGGAGCUUAUCGCGAAAGGCACCGCGACACAUUCGAACAAAACGUCAGCGAGCUGGCGGUACGAAGGAGACGAGUUUUUGAGAUAUGUCAAAUCGAUGCAAACGCACUUCCAGCCCAAAGGCUCGAAAGUGGUUGGCUGCACCGUGCGCCAUUUCUCCCGAGGGGCGAAUAUACAGAACCCGGACUAUCCUACGAAACAACUUUUAAUUAUCCCAAUAAAUGGAACACCAACUCUCUAUCCCCCGGGGGAACAAAUACCGCCGGAUAACUGUUGCUACAUCGAAAAUACUCCGAAGCUCUCUGGCGAGGAAAUUGAUGUUGUUUUCGUCGCGUUCGAGGCAGAUAAGCAGGAAUAA